CGAGCAAUUUUGUAUCAAUUUGACAAAUGAGAAGUUACAGCAGCAUUUCAACCAGCAUGUCUUCAAAAUGGAGCAAGAGGAAUAUACAAAGGAAGAAAUUGAUUGGAGUUAUAUAGAGUUCGUUGAUAAUCAAGAUGUUCUCGAUCUUAUUGAGAAGAAACCUGGCGGCGUUAUUGCUCUUCUGGACGAGGCCUGUAUGUUUCCAAGAUCAACGCACGAAACAUUUGCUGAAAAGCUAUAUCAAACACUUAAGGACAAUAAGCGAUUCAGCAAACCGAAGUUGUCACGAACUGACUUCACCAUCAAUCACUAUGCUGGUGAUGUCACGUAUCAAACUGAUCUUUUCCUUGAUAAAAACAAAGACUACGUUGUUCCGGAACACGCUGCGCUGCUCUGUGCUUCCAAGUGCUCCUUUGUUUCAGGACUUUUCCCACCUUUACAUGAGGAAAGUACUAAAUCAACAAAGUUUUCUUCUAUAGCCACUCAGUUUAAGCAACAACUGCAAUCUUUGCUUGAAACAUUAAGUGCGACUGAGCCACACUACAUUCGUUGUGUAAAGCCAAAUAAUCUUCUUAAGCCGGGGAUAUUUGAGAACAACGAUGUGUUACAGCAGCUUCGAUGUGGGGGUGUAAUGGAGGCAAUUAGGAUAAGUUGCGUUGGAUAUCCAACUCGAAAGAACUUUGAUGAAUUUGUUCAGCGGUUUAGUAUAAUGGAACCUAAGGUUCUAAAAUCAUGGUAUUUACUUCUCCUUUUUUCCGUGUUUUCUUUUUCUGAUCAUACAGAUGAAUGUGAUUGUACUGAACAUAAUUAACCACCUAGAUUGUUGUCACGAAAUUUUUCCGGUUUUAGAUGUUCAAAUAACACAACUAUAUCUGAAAUAACUAAUAAUAAAUAUAUAUCUGCAGUCCUGAUGAGAUGACGGCUUGCAAGAGACUUCUAGAUAAAGCAAACCUUAAAGAUUAUCAGGUAGUAGUUCUUAUCUUAAUCUCAGUUAUAGCAUUUUUAUUUGCUCGCAGGUUACAUUGAAUCAUAGAUGAUGAUGCUAAAAAAUUUCGAACACGCUAUGUAUGAUAAUAUGGAUUGGAAUAAAAUGCUGUUUGGGUUUCUUUGCAGAUAGGAAAGACAAAAGUUUUCCUGAGAGCAGGUCAAAUGGCAGAACUAGAUG